CCCAAAGCUCAGUGGAUCGCCCCGAUUAGAAGAUUUCGCGGGUCAAAAUAUUGAGCUGGGUCGAUUUCGUUGUUUUAAUAUAAGCCUAAACCCUAAAAGUCCCAGCUGGGGUUUUGCACGCUUCGAUUCAAUUUCAAGGCUUCCUUCUUUCUUUCACAGGUUUAUUUGAUUUAUUGUGAGAAAAGAUGGUGAGGCCUUAUACGAUGAAAGGUCAUAAGAGGAAGAAGAAGAGUGAAGAGGAUAGAUAUGAUAGGGAGGAAGAAGAACAGGAGCAGCCUGACGGAUUUGAUGAGAAGGAAGAUCAAGGACACGAAGAAGAAGAAGAAGCCGUACAUGAGAUGGAGGGCAUUCCUAUUGGCCCGUCCGAUCGAAGUACGAAGAAACCUGGAGUUAUAUUUGUUCUAGAGAAAGCUUCUCUUGAAGUUGCAAAAGUUGGAAAGAGUUACCAGAUAUUAAAUUCAGAUGAUCAUGCUAAUUUCUUGAAAAGGAAUAACAAAAAUCCGGCUGAUUACAGGCCUGACAUUGUUCAUCAGGCUCUUUUAUCAAUUUUAGACAGCCCACUAACUAAGGCCGGGAGGUUGCGAGCUGUGUUUGUUAAAACGGAGAAAGGUGUUCUUUUUGAAGUUAAACCGCAUGUUCGUUUACCAAGGACAUAUAAGCGCUUUUCUGGUAUCAUGUUGCAGCUGCUACAAAAGCUAAGUAUAACUGCUGCUGGUAAGCGUGAGAAACUAUUACGGGUGAUCAAGAAUCCUGUCACCCAGUAUUUACCUGUAAACUCUCAAAAGAUAGGUUUCUCAUAUAGUUCAGACAAAUUGGUUAAGAUGAGGAAUCAUGUGGCUCCUAUCAGCGAUGAUGUGGACCUUGUUUUUGUGGUUGGUGCAAUGGCUCAUGGGAAGAUUGAGACGGAUUAUACAGAUGACUUAAUAGCUAUUUCUGGUUAUCCAAUGAGUGCCGCCCGUUGCAUUGCAAGAAUUUGUGAGGCUCUGGAAGACAAGUGGGAUAUAUUAUAAGCUAAUUUAACUACCCCCAAAGGGAUUAGUUCAAUUUUUGAGUAAUUUAUUUUUGUAUCCAUUAUGUAAACAAAGUAUCUAACUUGAAGAUAUUUGUCAAAAAUGAAAUUUGUGAGACUUUUGUGAA